UAGACUCCGCUACGCGAGCCGGAUUUAAAACCGCUCACCUGCAUUGCGGACGGGAGGCGAAGUUGCAUUUUUAUUUCAGGGAAAAAAAAAAUUAUCGAAAUUCACCUUCACGAGGAGACGACAAGCGCAUUCUCGGUGGUAUUUGGGGCAAAUAAUACGAGAAAAUGAACGAAACGUCUUACAAGCUGGCUGAACGUCUGGUCCCGACGACCUACCUUCACCAGGCGUCGGAGAGUAGAACUGCGCGGGAAAAGCUGAUUAGGAUUCUCAUGGAACAGCACAAGUGUCCUGAGGAAGGUUGGGAUGAUGCCACCAUUGAGCUGUUUUUGAAUGAUCUGGCCCUCAUGGACAGCAAUAAUUUCCCCCAUAACUGUGGAGUUGGGGAGCGUGAAGCAAGAAUAUAUUCUGGCUUGGUGUCAAAACGACACUAUCGUCUAGGUCACGGUAUUGGGCGCUCAGGAGACAUUGCAGAGGUUCAGCCUAAAGCUGCAGGCUCAAGUCUCUUGAAUAAGCUUACAAAUUGUAUGGUGUUAGAUGUUAUCAGAGCUACAGGUGUAAGAAAGACAGCUGCUUGCUUGGUGGUUCCUCUUGCAACUGGAAUGAGUAUGGUGCUUUGUCUUUUGACUGUGAGGCAGCAACGACCAGGUGCAAAGUACGUCCUCUGGCCUCGUAUUGACCAGAAGUCCUGCUUUAAAGCCAUUAUCACAGCAGGUUUCGAACCAGUUGUGAUUGAGAAUUGCUUGGAUGGGGACGAGUUGAGGACAGACGUAGCAGAGAUUGAUCGACAGAUUACGUCCCUGAAGCCUGAGUCCAUUGCUGCAGUAAUGACAACAACAAGUUGCUUUGCACCUAGGGGGAUUGACAAGCUUGAAGAUGUUGCUCGGUUAUGUUCCAGAUAUGGGGUUCCUCACAUUAUAAAUAAUGCAUAUGGCAUCCAGUCAACCAAGUGCAUGCAUCAUAUUCAGGAAGCUGCAAGGGUAGGUCGUGUGGAUGCCUUUGUACAGAGCACGGACAAGAACUUCAUGGUUCCAGUUGGGGGAGCUGUCAUUGCAGGAUUUGAUAGUGCUUUCAUCCAGCAAGUGGGCAAAAUGUACCCUGGACGAGCAUCAGGCAGCCCUGUGGUGGACCUGUUUAUUACAUUGCUCUCCAUGGGUAUCAGAGGUCACAAGAAAUUACUAGAAGACAGAAAGGCCCUGAAGAGUCUCCUAACUCAGCGAAUGGAGGGAGUAGCAGAGAAAUAUGGUCUUAGAGUUCUUAAUACCAAAAAUAAUCCUAUUUCUAUUGCUAUGACUCUGCCAGAAAAUAUGAACAUACCACUAACUGAACUUGGAUCAAGAUUGUUCCUACGAGGUGUGUCAGGGACAAGAGUCAUUAGAACAUCAGAUGACAAAAUGAUUGCUGGCAUGAGAUUUAUCGGUUGGGGCAGUCAUUCGAAAAGUUAUCCAUAUGCAUACCUGACUGCUGCUGCAAGUAUUGGCAUGACAGAAGAGGAUGUGGAUCUCUUUAUCCAACGUCUUGACAAGUGUCUGGAAAAGUUCACUGGCACAAAAACUACAAAGGAAACAUACGGAUCGGAGAAUGACGUGACAAGAAGGGAUUCAAAAUCGUACACAAGAGGAAGCAAAGGAGAAAUCAAUGGCUAAGUGUGCAGAUGUUGAAAAAAUAGGAAGGAGAGGAAGAGGUAAAAUAAUUGUAUUAAAAGAUAAAAGAAAACAUGAUAUAGAUACUGAUAUGUUACUUCAAUACUUGCAUCAGACGUUAGAUUAAAAUGCAUGGUUUAGAAUAGUGGCAUGAUUGUUUGCUGUAUAGAGUUAAAAUGGCAUUGGGCUUGAGGGUAAAGUAACAAUCUGUGAUCCAGUUUUCCUUGCAAAAUAAGUAAAACAAAACAUACUGUUGUUUUAGUGAAGAUAGUACAUAGUAAAAAGAGACAUUAGAUGUUUAGUACAAAGCCAUCCAUUAAAGACCAUUUCAGAUUCCUGACUUUUAAUCCAGUUGCAAGUAAUCUCCAGCUUUAUCCAGUAUUUGCCUCUCCUGCCACAGAUAACCACAAUGGAAAUCAAGUAAAGGUAACUGUUGUCAGUUAUGUUCUCAUUUGAUAACGUACCAACAUAAGGUGGAGAUACUAAGCCAAUAAAUUUUGCAUUUUAUUUACCUUGUAUGAUUUCCAUUGUUACAUGAUGAAGAUAUUUUUUUAUACAUAUUGUUUCCAUGAUAUAGAUAUAUAUUUAUUUUUUACAUAUGUAUUGCUAUCUUGUGUAUGUAUAUUCACAUAAAUUAUGGGUUACAAUAUGAUAUUCGAGAUCUCACUCGGUUACCCUGAAAGCAUGAUCAGAAUUUACAUGCAUAUAUAUAUAUAUAUAUAUAUAUAUAUAUAUAUAUAUAUAUAUAUAUAUAUAUAUAUAUAUAUUUUGUUACAUCAUGUUUGUAGUUAAGUGUACUAUUUAAUGUGUAUCCAUUUACUAUUCAUUUUAUCAUUUAGUAUAUUUUUACUGGCAUCAGCUGCUCUAUUGCAUCAACACAGAGGACAUACCACUAAGAUGCAGCAUAUACUCUCCAAUAAUGUAGUAUUUGAUAGCUAGUACCAACUACAACAUAAUUCAGGUACAUUAGAAGAUCAUAAAACUUUAUGCCAGUUUCUAUAUUAAACGAAAGGUGAAAGAGAAAUGUUAUCACAAAUGCAAUUUUGCUCUGAUUGUGAUGAUUAUUAGCAAUUAAGGAGGGAAACACCAUGAUGCAAAAGUAGGUGUACAUGAUUUGAUGAUGUGAAAAUACCACACCUCAUUAAGGGGGCAUCAGAUGUGGCAUGGUGGUAUAUUGAGAAACUAUCUUAGCCUAGUAAAGAAUUCCAUUUUUUUUUUUUAAGCAAUAUGAUUUUUGUGGAUAUAUAUUGCAUUUGUGGUAUUCAGGUUUUAGUGUAUGUGUAAGCAACAACCACUGCUUUGAAUUUUUAUCUUUCACAAGAGAAAAUAAAAUCAUCGUCAGUCAGAGUACUGAAAGACAAAUUGAUUAAAGGAGAUCAGCAAGAAAUCUCUCAAGCCAUGGUUUCUCUGCACGUAUCAACCUUGGGAGCCAGAAAUGAAGGCAGGGAUUAUCACCCAUGUGGACAGAGCUGUGUACUAUCUAGGGAACUAGGAGACCAGCCAUUGAGGGUUCUCUGUCUAGAGCGACCUAUGGAUUUUUUACAGCAGUAGGAAUCUACAAUGCCUGAUGAGAUUAUGCAGUUAUUAUGGUAAAUGAUGUAUGGUUAAAUAUUUACAUUGAAUGUUUUUUAUCGUUUUUUUUUUUUAUUUUUUACUUAAAAUGUUAUUACUUACAAGCAUAGCAAAUGGGCAAAAGCUCAUUCAAGACUGGAAAAAAACACCAUGCAGAGGUACAUUGCCGACCUUUUUAUAAUGGGGGUUAAUUAUUGUAGAGAUUGGUUGUUGCUAUCUUCCAUGUUAAUCUUCCAUGUUGUGACCCAUUUAGGACAACUUUUGUCUCUCUUCUUGAACUAAGAAACUAAAGGGAUAAGAAACAAAAGAGUCUUUACUCAUGUUGCUGAUCGUUUUCAAGCCAAAACUGAUAGGGGACUAGCCCAGUACAAGAGACUCAGAGUAUAGGUGUCUUAGGGAUCAGAACUAGAUGUGGUACUUAAGUUGUUAGAUGACAUUGGUGUGAUGUUUAAUGCCAUUACCUCCACCUCUCUGGGUACUUUCCUGCCUUUAUUCCUCCUGCUCAUAUUUCUGUUUGUAUAUGGUCAUUUCUGUCAGUCUGCCCGUCUACAUUUCUGUGUGUAUCCUUACUAUAUAUCUGUGACGAUGUAUCUAUCUGUAAAUUUGUCUUUUUUUGUCUGCCUAUCUGUUACUCUCUCUGUCUGUAUGUCUGUCUAUGUAUCUAAACAUUCCUGUCUGUUCAUCUAACUUUAAAUAUAUAUAUAGACAGAAAGAUAGAUAGGUAGGUUGGCAGAGAGAUAGAUAAGAAUAAAAUUAUUUUGGAUAUAGAUAAUUUUCAGGUCAUACAUUCUAUGGAAAUGUGCUUCUUAUACCAUAAGCACACUUGUAUAAUCAGUUAUUUCAGAGAAAUUUCCACAUAGUAAAAUCACACAAUAAGUACAGUUUUUGCAUAUGCAACAUUGUCACAGCAGAUCAGUAAGUCUUUGGGUAGCCACAGUAUACUUGUCUUACCAUUUUAUUUCUUUGUCUACUUAUUCUUUUUGAGGUGUGGCAUUUUCAUAUUUUGUAUAGUGUACUUCGUAUAUACCAACAAACAUUACUUGUUCCAGGUAGCACAAAGCAUUAAAUUCAUUGCUCACCAUUAUUCAAGCACAAGCCUACAAAAGUAAUUGCCUUACGGACUGCACUUUCUCUGUACAUUAGCUGCUACCUCAAAUCUUGUCACUUGCCACUUAGACCACUGCCAUGAGCACCAUGUCCCAACUGUAUCAGAAACCUUAACAGUGAACAAGCAGAGCUGUUGGCAGAUAUUCUGGUGACUGAUCAUUAAUGAUAAAACUCUUUGGUGCAUGACAAGCAGAGGUGAAGAUAGGAGUAAAUUGCUUGGCAAAAUGUUUACGAUGGCCGUUUCUAAAGAAUAUGUUAUGCUCUUUAGUCAGUAAAUAUUGUUAGAAGUAUGAGGUUGGUUGCAAGGUAUAAUCUUCUAAGGGAUGUUAACCUAAUUUCUGUAGAAAAUUAAUUAAGAGUAAUGUAUAUCGGAAAUUAUAUACGUUCCUUCCUUGAAUGUUUUUAUUUUUGAUUUUAAGAUACACAUUGUUAAUUAUAUUUUUACGAAAUUUCAGUAAUGGGGAAUGAAAUUAGCUAGAAUAGGGUUAUUACAGUUGCCAAGAUCUUAAUAGAUUAAAAUUAAAAGCACUUAGGAAAGAAAUGUAUGACAUACAUUUGUCAACUUGUCCAUACCAAUGAUAUCCAUCUUUGAUUUUGCGAUAUAGGGAUAUCAGCGUUCUUGUUCAGGUACACACAAGCAGCAUACUGUACUUGGGGACAUGUAGUAUGUUGGUAAAGCAGUCUAUUUCCAAGAUUUACGGAAGGAAGUAACUGAAUUAUGAAUGCUUCCUAUAGAUUUGUAAGGAAGGAGUCUUUAAGAAUGAUGGGAAAACUAAGUGUUGUGAGAAACACUAGUACUUAAGAGGAAGUGAAUGUAUGUGUCUGUGUAUAUAUAGAUUUCUUUUACUUUCUUCCUUCGUAAUUUUUUUACUUUUUAAUUUUUCUCUUAUUUUUUUCUUUGUUCUAAGUGUAUAUGUGUUUGAAAGUUGUAGGAGAUUGUGACUCCAAACUUUUUAAAACUUAGAAAAAUUGAAAACUGCCUUUUUUUUAUUUUUAUUAAAUGUGAAUUUGGAGAGGAAAGUCACACAUCAUUGAGAAUUGUUGUUUGUUUGUUUGUCACAUUGUACAUGAUUUCCAAAAUUUAACUUUUCUCUGUAUACAUAGGAUCAUGCAACAUGAAAGUUGGUAUUUUUUUCUUUUAAUAACUACACUAUCACAGUUGGAAGGUUGGAGAAUGCAGAGGAAAGAUGAUAAUUAGUUAGGCCAAAAAAUAUUUCUUUGCCAUUAUCAGACUUGUUUUUCUCUGAUGGAGAACAAAGUCAAACUAGCCAGUAUAUAGAUAGCUAAUCUAUCUAGAUAAAUACAGGAAUUACAGGCAGUCCCCUUCAUGUAACAUUUGCUCUUUCUUAGUUUAGCUUCUCUGGAGGGUAUGAAUACCUGAUCUUUAAUGAUCCCAGUUGAUGAAACUCCAAAGUAGCAAGUAACACUAAAUGAUCAUAACCAGAUAGUAAAUACUCUAGCUGUUCUUUAGUGUUACCUUUUCCAUUAACACAAUCACUAUGCUAGACACAGUAGUAAAACUUGACUUCCAUUCUUUUGAGUGCAUCUUAGAUCAUGUUAUUCUAAUUGGUGAAUGUGCUAUGCCAAAACGUGUAUAACAUACUGUAAUUUAGGUAACCACAUCCCUCCUGUUGUAACCAUUAAUGGAAACCAAAUGUCACCAUUCCAGUCCAGCGAACCUCACACAGUACUGUAACUGUCUCGCCACUAGUCCAACCAUCAGUGCAGUACAGAUAUACCAUUAACCUCGAUAUCACUAAUGUACCUAAAAUCAUGUCAUAAAUAUAUUCAUCUACCUGAAUGCCAGACUCUGAUAACAAAUAGAGCCAGAAGAGUUCAUAUAAAUUCUCACGUCAUCUUCAAGACACGGGUAAACAUAAGGUAUUGUGUAGAAUCCAAUUGAUAUGCCAAACCUUGGUAAUGAUGAUGAAGCUCUGCUACCAUUCAGAUUGCCGUAAACAAGGAAGACAAAUGUUUUCUUUCGAUGCCAGACACAAUACAUGCUAAUUAAGAAUGUAUUCAAUCAGUUAAUGUUACACUAUGAGUCCAUGUUGACAAAUCGCUUUAAAUGUUUUGCAGAGUUCUUCACUGCCAGUAUUAUGUGGUACUUUGGAAAGGUCACUUAACUUUCAGAUUACUUGGCUGUGAAACACCUCAGUGUGCAGAACACUGAUGAAAUAUAUGAAACAUGUUAGGCACAUAGUAUAUCAGUUAGGCAUACCAUAGAAGUGUUUAGAUUACUCAAGUGUUAUAUGUAGUCUUCAUCUCAUAUUAUAAAUCCUCAUUGUGCAGAAUAUAGAUGAAAUAUGUAGACCAUAUGUUAGUUGUAUAGUGCAUCAUUUAGAUGUAUAAUAGUGCUGUAUAGUAUAUGAAAGUUUGUGUAGAUUCCAUCUCCUAAUAUACACAAUAAAACUUGUACUAUUUGGAUUCA